AUGGAUGGAGAAGGCGAUCCUCCCCCUUCCGCAUCUGUAGUUGCUGACAAAGAUACUGCACUUUCUCCAACUAGUCCAUACUACGUCCACCCUUCGGAUAAUCCUACAUCCGUCAUCUACACUCCUCUACUCACCAGUGAUAACUUCUGCACAUGGGGAAGAGGCAUGUUCAAGGCACUCAGUGCAAAAGGGAAGACAGGGUAUAUUGAUGGCACUAUCAAAAAGCCAACUAAUGCAUCAGAUCUUGCUCACUGGACGAGAUGUGAUGACUUAGUAGGUAGUUGGAUAUCCAAUUCCGUUGAUCCAGAAAUUCGCUCAAGCACUCAGAACUUCCCAUCGGCUCAUGAACAAUGGUUAGAAAUCAAAUCUCGAUUUUCUCAUCAUAAUGCUUCCAAAUUAUGUGCUUUGAAACAGUUUAUUGCUCUGCUGAAGCAAGACAAUCUUAGUGUUUCUAUGUAUUAUACUCGGAUCAAAUCACUCUAG